AUGUCUCAAUCUCUAAUCAUUUUCAAUCCAUCGGGUAAAGUUGAGUAUCAAUUCAACAACAAAAUAACCCCAUUCAAUGACUUCAUCUCCACCUUGAUCAACGAAACACAGAUUGAUUUAGAUCAAAAUUUCACCACCGACACCAUUAAUCAGAAACGAUUCUAUUGCUAUCACAAGGAGAAUAUAUAUGUGGUGCUAUACUUUGAUGCCAUAACAACGAUAAACAGUGAUAAAAUAAAGCAAGCACUCAUAGGAAUCUACAAGACGUACAGAAAAUUCGAAGAAUCUGACGACCUAGGAGUGGAUAAAUUUCGUAACUUAGUCGACCUACAAUUUAACAUUUUGAUGAAGUCAAAGCAAACUGUCGAAGAACCUGCGUCUAACAAAGAUAUUAAAGGCUCUAGCAAUGGAUCAAAGCCCCAGAUGAAACAAGCACACACACAAAAGCAACCGUCGUCUAAGAAAAUGAGAAAGUGGGAUAAUAGUGGUGAAAUGGUUGACUAUUCGGAUAACCAAGUAUUGGAUUACUCCAGCAGCCAAGGUCAGGAUACUUCGACUCAACCAAAGGAAAUGAAGGUGAAUAAUGAAGCUGCAUUUACAAAGGAUAGUGAUUUAGUUUUGGUCAACGAAUUGAAUGACAUAUUGAAUGAAUCAGAUGAGGAUGAAGAGGAUGAAGCUCAAAGCAAACCUACGGGGUUCUUUGGCAAAAUUGGAUCAUAUUUUGGUGGUUCCAUUGAUGUUGAUGAAGUUUCAAAAAAGUUUAAUGAACAAUUAAUUUCCAAAAAUAUAGCACCAAGUACAGCAAAGACCAUCAUCGAUAAGCUUAAGUCAAGACUUGCAGGUAAAAAGGUGAAUAUGGCCACUUACAAGCAAACCUUAGUCGAUGAGCUCACUAAAAUUCUUACCCCAAAUGUGUCGACCGAUUUAUUAUACGAGAUCAAGAGAAAUGAUACAGGCAGACCAUAUGUUAUAUCAGUUGUGGGUGUCAAUGGAGUUGGGAAGUCCACCAAUCUCGCCAAGCUAGCUUAUUGGUUCCUCCAAAACAAUCUCAAUGUGCUAAUAUGUGCUUGUGAUACAUUCAGGUCAGGGGCAGUCGAGCAAUUGAAGGUGCAUGUAAAUAACCUUGACCGAUUGAAUUUGGAGUUUUCUAACAAGUCUAAAAUUGCAUUAUUUGAGAAGGGCUAUGGUAGCGGUGAUCAUGUAGUGCAAACUGCAAAAUCAGCAAUACAAUACGCCACAGAAGAGCAUUUCGAUGUGAUGUUGAUUGAUACUGCUGGUAGAACACAUUCAAACGCUAAACUAAUGGCACCUUUGAAAAAAUUUGGAGAUGCUGCUAAUCCAAACAAGAUUAUUAUGGUGGGGGAAGCAUUGGUUGGUACCGACUCCGUCGAGCAAGCUAUAAACUUUAAUAAUGCAUUCGGGAAUAGGAGAAACUUGGACUUUUUCAUAAUCUCCAAGGUGGACACAGUUGGUGAUUUGGUAGGAACGAUGAUCAAUAUGGUUAUGGCGACAAAAGUCCCUAUUUUGUUUGUGGGUACAGGGCAAACAUAUACUGAUAUCAAGAGGUUGAGUGUGAAGCAAGUCGUAGACAUGUUGACCAAGUAA